UUGCGUCUAGUACAUGCUGUUGACGUUGGAAAAGAAGGGAUAUUCACAGAUGCUCUGGCGGUGAUUUCUGCGGUUUCAUCGGUUUUACCCCUUGCAUUCUUUCAUACACUAUUGCCUUAUACUAACCGUGUCCUGAUGACACGAUUGUAUCCUUCGCUCAGUAGAAUUUUUGCUCAAAAUCGUCUACUGAGCUUAUGUUCUCGAAGUCUAGCUAAAGAGGAUGGCUCAACUGGCUCCGGAAGGCCACGAGAUGCAGCACAGGUUACAAAGUUAAUAUUAGAGCGGAAACUUGGUGAAGAUAGCGAAAACGUUCUAAAAAUUGUGCAGCGCUUCCGAAAACAGCCCCAUGAAUGGCCAAUGGAAGAGCAACCAUUUGCCAUAGUAGAGCGAAAAUUUUUGGGGAAGAUAAUGCACCCAGUCGAACUACGACCAGAAAGAGGAUUCGUCAAUAUGGUUCCUUUUGGUUUUAUGAUGAUUAGGCAUUUCUUCAGGAAAGUCCGAGCCAAAGCGAAUUAUGAACUCUUCCAAGCGACGGGCAUGUUUGACGAGACAGAAGUCCUUACAGGGACUAAGAAAGUCUUCGAAGUUAUCAGUCAACAUGCUUUCAAGGAUAAGCUGGCCGAUCUGGUAGCGAAGAAUUUCUGCGGCGAGGAUGUCGCGCGAAGAUUUGGUGCCGCAAGCUCCAGUAUGAGCACGAAGCAGCGAGAAUUACUUAAUCUCACUGAGCAAGAUGUCUACGCCAUCGCUCCAGGUGUUCUAGGUCCAUUCCAACUGAUUCGACCAAUGCAUCGGAACGGUAUUCCGCAUAUGACCUACAGUCUGCUUUGUUGUGCGUUUUACAAGAAGCAAAUGCUUUUCGAUGCGGUUAAAGAUGUGCCUCUAAUUGAAAACGGUGACAAGGCAGAAUAUUUACCUAUGCCUACUGGUUACGGGUACGCGGCUCCAAGACUGAUAUUCGCUUUCAUUACAUUUGGAAACAAAAUCCUUGGCCAGCAAAAGGUAGAAAACGAUGUGCAACUUCUCGAAUUCCAGUUUUUAGUGGUUUAA